GCAGGUUAUGAGUUUGAUCGACGUGGCAAUUUGCCCCAUCUGCCUUGAUUUCUUCACCGGUCCGAUUACACUGGACUGCGGGCACAACUUCUGCCGCUCUUGUAUCACACAAUGUUGGGACAAGGAGGAGAGAAUCACCUGCCCGGAAUGUAGAGAGGAGUUUGCAGAACGUAGCCUCAGGCUAAAUCGGACCUUGGCGACUCUGGCUGAGAAGGCUCAAAAAAUUAACCUGAAUCCGAAAGAGAAAGAGAGGAAAUUUCACUGCGAGGAACAUCAUGAGGACCUGAAGCUGUUCUGUGAAACUGACAAGAAACUGAUCUGUUAUUCUUGUGUAGCUACGCGGGAACACAGAGAGCACCACUUCCUGUCGAUUGAAGAAGCGGUUGACAUCUACAAGGAUCAGGUGAAAUCUUCCUUGGCGUCCCUUUCGCAGAAGAAAUCGGAGAUUCUGGACAAGGAAGUGCGACAGAAGAGGAAGAUUUCCAGAGUUAGGGAAGAUUCGCGCAGACUGCAGACCCACAUCGCAUCUGAGUUCGCUAAACUGCACCAAAUUCUCACAGAGAAAGAGCAGCGUUUAAUCAGAGAUCUGAGCGAAGAGGAGGAAAGGAUAUUGAGUAUAAUGGAGGAAAAUCUACGACGCAUUCAAGAUAAUUUAAGUUCUGUUCAGAACAAAUUCUCAACAUUGCAGAAACAGUUAGAUCAAAAUGACAGUCUGAUCUUUCUUAAGGAGGAAGUUUGUUGGAAGCGCAGGGUCAGCAACUCUGAUCACUCGGUGUCUGUAGCCGAGAGUGCCUUGUCUAUGGAAAAGUUCAAUGGCCCUUUGCAGUACAUGGUGUGGAGAGAAAUGAUUGACGCUAUUAACCCAGCUCCAGCCUCUCUGACUGUGGAUCCGAACACAGCGAAUCCCUGGCUCAUUGUGUCUGAGGACCGGACCAGUGUCAGACUCGGAGCAAAACGGCAGCGGGUGCCGGCCAUCCCGGAGAGGUUCGAUCCUUGCCCCUGUGUUCUGGGGUCGCAGGGAUUCCGAGCAGGGAGACACUACUGGGAGGUGGAGGUGAGGGGGAAGUCUGAGUGGGAGAUUGGGGUGGCCCGGGAGUCCGUGGAAAGAAAAGGGGAAUUCACCCUGAGCCCCGAGACCGGACACUGGACCGUGGGGCUGGAGCCCGACGGUGACUUAGUUGCUUUUACUUCCCCCUCUGAGACGCCCCUCACCCCGAGAGUGAAGCCCCGCAAGAUCGGGGUGUUCCUCGACUAUGAGGGCGGCCAGGUGUCAUUCUACAACGCGGACAACAUGUCUCAUCUCCACACUUUCAUCCAAACAUUCACUGGGAGAAUCUUCCCCAUCUUCAAUCCGGGCCUGAAUGUCGACGGAAACAACUCCUCUCCGCUGACAAUAAGUGAAGAAAUCAAGACGGUUGGGUCGAAUUGCCUCUUCGCUCAAACUCGCAAACUGCUGACUGUUACAAACCCCCCACGGGGAGCGGGGACAGAGUGCGGGCACCGAGUUCUGCUUGAGGAGGGUCUCGGCCGGAGGGGAAGCGGCUGCUCCAGGGCUGAUCAGCGGGAGCCAGUGAAAGGGAAACCCGCUGCCCCGGGCCGGCCCACGGCCCCCGAGGACGGCUCCGGCGGAGGCUUCGCUUCGUUCCCGGAGCCGGAGCGGCGAGUCUGUCCGCUCAGGGGACUGGGGAGAGCGGGAGCUCCUGCAGGUCGGGGAGGCGGCAGUCGGUGUCUCCUCGGGGAAACUGGCCGGGUCCUGGGGUUUGUGACGGGCGGGAAUUGGCUGCGAGGCGGUCUGGGGAGCGAACCCCAGAUUCAGAUGAAGGGAUACCAUGGAGAUGGAAUCCGGCUUGUGUGUAAAUCCAGUGGGUGGUACCCUGAGCCAGAGAUCCUGUGGGUCAGUGAGGAUGGACAUACUGUCAUUGUCUCAUUCACUGGUCUUUACUCUACAGAUGAUCUCUUCCCUGGUGUUUCGGAGUGGGUCCUGCCACUGGUCCUGAGCAUUUGUCUUCUGAUUGCCGCUAACUCUGCUGUGAUUUAUUGGAAUGUGAAACAAAACAGACGCAUCAAAGUGUCUGUGACCCUAGAUGUGGAAACGGCGCAUCCGGAGCUCGAGGUGUCUGAGGAUCUGAAGAGUGUGAGAUGGACCAAGACCCGGAGGGAUCUCCCUGACACCGGGAAGAGGUUCACAGUCCGGUGCUCUGUGCUGGGAUCGGAGGGAUUCACAUCAGGGAGACAUUACUGGGAGGUGGAGGUGGCAGGGAAUCAGUGGUGGAGGCUGGGAGUCGCUGCAGAGUCUGUGGAGAGGAAUGAACGGGUCAAACUGAGACUGCAGACUGGAUACUGGAGCAUCGAAUGGAUUGGUGAUGAGUUUCAUGUGAACACCUCCCCUCGAUCCAGUCUCCCUGCUGAUCCCAUCCCUGGGAGGAGACCACAUCGCGAGCACCAAACACAGUCCACCGGAUCGGAAGGAGUGCAGGGGAAUCACGGCUUCAUUUGCAAGGCGCGGAGCUUCGAGGGAAGUGAAGGCAGCGCCUCUCGCUCCGCGUUCCGCAUCGUCCGUCUCCAGUUCGGUCAAGGCCCUGUGAACUCCCUGAUCAAUGUGUACGUCUCACCCGUGCUGACCGAGGGGCUGGCUGUCCACCAGCAGCUCCCACCACUGCUGGCAACAUCCCUACCGGUCAUUCUGACCGGGGACUUCAACUCACAGUCGCAACAACUUGGUCGUGUCCGGGCGGCUCAGGAUGUGAAUGCAGGCAGGCACCAUUUUAGUUUGAUCACAGUGAAUUCAGUGAGUCCAUUGACACGGAGGGUCAUCUCUCGUGUGCUGUGUGUCACGAUCUGUUUAAAGAUCCUGUCUCGAUCGACUGUGAUCGGUUUCUGCCGAUCCUGUAUUACUCAGCACUGGGAGAGCGCCGGCACUGUCGCCUGUCCCAUCUGUAGAAGGAAGUCUUCCUCCAAAUUCCUGAGGCCAAAUCGCAGCCUCUCCAGCAUCAUGGAGUUCUUUUCAAAAAGGGAAACAAGUCAGCAGCAAUGCAGCCGCCACAAGCAGAUGCUGACGUUGUUUUGUCAGACCGACAAGCAGCUCCUCUGUGUGCUCUGUCAACAUUCAAAGCACCAUCGCGGCCACGAGCUGUUGCUGCUGGAAGAGGCUGUGCAGGAGUUCAAGGAGGAACUGCAAACCUCACUGAAGCCAAUCCUGGACAAGAAGGAGGAAUGUGCUGCUGUAAGAAGUGAUGCUGAGAAAACACUCACCAACAUUCAGGACCAGGGUGUAAUGGCAGAGAAACAGAUUAAAGCAGAAUUUGAAAAACUGCACCAGUUUCUCCGUGACCAAGAGAGGAUUGCGUUGGAAGAUCUCAAACUGGAGAGAGAGAAAAGCUGCCGGGAGAUGAAGGAGAAGAUUGCGGAGGCAACAGAAGUCAUCUCAUCACUUUCAGACACCAUUCAGCAUGUUGAACAAGGGCUGAAGGAAGAGGACAACAUCAAGUUUUUAAUGCAAUAUCCAGAAACCCAGAAAAGAGCAAAGCGAACCGUGCCAGAGCUGCAGAAGGUUUACCCGUUAAUAAAUGUGGGCAAGCACAUUGGUUCCCUGCAGUACAGAGUGUGGGAGAAGAUGCUGACGGUGAUCAAUACAGCUCCGGUCACCCUCGACCCCAAUACAGCCUCUCCUCGCCUUCUGCUGUCUGACGAUCUGAGAACCGUGAGAAACACCGGGAAACGGAGGGAGCUUCCCGACAACCCACAGAGGUUUGAUCCCAGUGUGGGUGUCCUGGGAUCGGAGGGAUUCACAUCAGGGAGACAUUCCUGGGACGUGGAGGUGGGGAACAAGACUCGUUGGGACUUGGGCGUGGCCAAGGAGUCUGUCAACAGGAAGGGAGACAUCUUCCUGAGUCCUGGUAACGGAUAUUGGGCGGUGAUACUGAGAGACGGGACAGAGUUCUGGGCCUGUACUAAACCACGGAAACGCUUAGAGCUGAGCGUCCGCCCGAGAAAGAUCCGAGUCUUCCUGGAUUAUGGAGGAGGGAAGGUGUCCUUUUAUAACCCGGGUAACUUGUCCCAUAUCUACACUUUCACCGGUACAUUCACUGAGAAACUAUAUCCUUACUUCUCUGCGGGCAGUAACCGCGACGGUAAGAAUUCGGACCCGCUGACAAUCUGUCCCCGCAGAGUAACAAUCCAGGAGGAUGCGGAUCCAACCCGUGAAUAAAACGGCUGCCAGCGCCGGGCACAACAUUCCCAGACCUUGUAUCCCUGGGGAGCCCUCACAGGAAGCCUGCGGAUAGUUGGACAAUUGCAGCGAGCAGCCGAUAAUCCGCCCGGGACUCAGCGGGAGAGUGCGGGAUCCCGGCAGUGGUGCAGGGUCCGGGAAACCUCACUGACAUCAGCAGGGAGAGUCCGGGGAACCCGGAGCAUAAAUCCCAGCAGUAAUCCCAAUAUCUGCUCCUUCCCGCAAAUUAUCUGUUCAUGUUCUCUGUUUCUAACCAUAAAAUGUCGGAGUAUCAGUGACCUGCUGCCUUAAGGUUCCUGUUCAGCGAAGCGGGGCGGCGGGGCCCAAGAUGGCGCCGGGCCUUCGUCUUCCCCGAGUGACGGGGAGAACCCGUGCGCGGGAAAGGUUCGUUGACGUCGCGGAAACGUCAUUUCCGUUUUCGGUGGGCGGGAACCGUCCCUGUUAAACGGCGGGAGAAUAAACCAGUUUUGAGGACAGGACAGCGCAGGAACAGGCCCUUCGGCCCACAGCGGCCGUGCCGACCACCAUGCCAAUGCAAACUGCACAUCUGCCUGCAUGUGGUCUCUCUCCCUCCAUUCCCUGCCUGUGCACGGGGCUGUCUAAAUGCCCCCUGAACAUUGCCACGGUAUCUGCCUCCCCCGGCAGCGGGUUCCAGUCACUCCUCAGCCCUGUGCACAGGAGGAUCCCAAAGAUUCCUGACUCUCUGCCAGAAGUAAUUCCUCCUCAUCUCCGUCUGAAAUCGACAACCCUUUAUCGCUUCACCGGUGUUGCAAUAAAGUUGACAUUGAUUUCAACCUA